AAUUGGAAAAACAUGUUUAAGGAUUGGAUAUACUGGAAAUACUGAUGUUCUGUAAACUACGGGCCUAGGGUAACUUACUUUUAGGUGGUAUGCUGUAUUCAAAUUAGUAACAGCUCAGCUGUCACUAAAACGCAAUAAGAGGGUUCUCGUCCUGUGUGCUGUAGACAGAAUAGCAUCCUAUCUUCUAAAAAUGCCAGUUGGAAUAAUGUGCAGUGUAUUAUUUCCACCAGGAGGCCGCGGAGGCGCUAAGGAAUCUCAUUGGUCUCAUCUGACCCCUGGGUGAACAGCGUCAUAGGCGAUGUGUCAUUCUACCCAGGUCUUGUUGAUCACUAACCUCAUUCCCUCCCGGCUGUCAUGUAAUUCCACAACUAGAGCAUGAUUAUAGAGAUAUUAUUAUUUACAGCGGCGUAUGGAGCGAAAUAGCUGUUAAAUCUGCCAUUGGUUUUGCAAAAAAAUCGACAUUUUCAUCAUUUUGGACAGUAUGUUUACAGUAGGCAAGAUGUCCCUUAUCGCUAUGGCUCUGCCAGUGAUGACCGUCCUCCUCUCCUCCUGGCAGGUGGGUGCCACUGAUGACUGCUUGUGGUACGUGGAUAAGAAUGGCACUUGGCACAACGGUGUCCCCUGUCCCCUGAUGACCUUCUGUUGUGGGAACUGCCACAAGCGCUACUGUUGCCUGGACGGCCUCAAGAGGAUCACUGAGAGGGAGCAGAAGCGCUGCAUGCUCUUCCAGUUCAGUCCUACCACCAUCGCUGGUAUUGCUUCCUCCGUCCUGCUCUUCGUGGCUAUCAUUGCUACCAUGGUGUGCUGCUUCAUGUGCUCCUGUUGUUACCUCUACCAGCAACGACAGCAGCGUGGCAGGACGCCUUAUGAUGCCCAGCACAUCCCAAUGGCCAGCUACCCUGUGGAGCCCAUGUAUGACGCUUAUGGCAAGCCGCUGGUGAUGGGACAUCCUGAUUAUCCACACCCUGGUUACCCAAUGGCACCUCAGUAUCCUGGCAUGCCUCAGCCAUACCCCAUGAUGCAACCCGGCCCGUUCCCCCCAUACCCCAUGGCAGACCCUGGCUACCCUCAGGGAGCACCCCCUCCUUACUCCCCACCACAGUACACACCCCACCCAGGUCACUGAUGGGAUGAAAGCAUGUACUGUACAUGGAGAGGAGAGGAGAGGAGCAACAAAGUAAGGUCUGCGUCAAGAAGAGAAGGCGACCACAAGAAGGCAACCAUGGCUCUCAGCUCUUCUAGUGGUUGCCCAGUGAAAGAAAACCAGAGGCACCUUAUUGUCCUUUUAUUUUCUCCAUCCUUUAAAGGAACAGAGCAUGUGCUGAGUUGGGUUCUCCUGUCUGUACUGACACUGAACUGGAUUCCUACUGACAGUCUAAUGUGGAAAAUGUCACACCAUUCCAAGUGAGGUAACCAUCUUGCAUCCCAUGCACUUACUUUGACAUCCAUCCAUCGCAAUUAGUGUAACCCAAAACCACAUUCUACAAGGUCACAUGCUUUGUUUGACAUUAAUUCUCUGCUUAAGACGUUUGACUUGAGGAAUGGUGAACAUCUGUUUUCACGUUUGCUUGGCUUUAAUCCGGUAGUGGACAGAGCGAGGGUCAUACCUGCAGAUAACAGGGUGUGUGUGAGAGCUGGUUGGCUCUUAUCUGUUGUAUAAAAGUCUAAAUGCUCAGAAGAGUUGACGGCUCCUCUCACUCUAUUGGAUCCCUUUAGCCAGCUCUCUGUGGGGAUUUCAUUGUUAUCUCAUGCUCUGCUUGUCUUCUGCAAUAGAUUAACAUUUACUUUAUGUAUAUUACAAUGUCAGUUAUACAGUACAUGUUCUGCUAUAUCCCAAUGUGUCAUUGUACUCAGUUGUCAGAGAGAAGUUUAUUUUAUUAGUUUAAAUGUUAAUUUACAGUAAUAUAUCCAGCCAAUAUUUAAUAACCUAAAUAACAAAUCUGAGCCUUGUGUCAUCGUGAAUUCAAGAAACUAUUUCACGACAUAUUUUGUAAACAAUAUUUUAUCAUGUUAUUGUUGUAACAGACAACUUUUUAGAAAUAUUUUACCAUUAAAUGCUUUGAGCAUUUCCUUACAGGUUUCAUUUAUGGUUAUUAUAUUUGUCUCUGAGCCAUUGUUUUGCACCUUGUAGGAUGUUUGAACUGUACAGUAGAACAUGACGUGUUGAGCAUGUUGUACAGUUUACUAUUAGUAACCACUGAAAUGCUCGUCCAGGUCAAAUGUGUUGGAUAAGGUGGCAUUCUAUUUUACCCUCACUGAGAUUCUUAAUACAUUUUUCUAUUGAAGAAAAUUGAGAAUCUUGGCAUAUUUGUUCAGAGAGGAAUGAUCAUGCAAUAGAUCUACUGAUUCUUCUUGGCCAGCUAGUGCUUAAAAGUGUCAAUGUAAAUUAGUGACAUGCUCUUAUUUAUAAACACUAUUGUAACUAUUGAUAUUUUAUGAUUUGAAUUGGACUACUUUGAUAUUUAUUGUCAACAUGUAAAGUGUAUGUACAGUGGUGAGAGAAAGUUUGUGAACUGUUUAGGAUUUUCUGUAUUUCUGCAUAAAUUUGACCUAGAAUGGGAUCAGAUCUUCACCUAAGUCCUAAUAAUAGAUCAAGUUGAACAUGAUUAAACAAAUAACACACAAAAAAUUGUACCCUUUAAUUUCUUUGUUGAGCAAAUUGAUCCAACAUUCAAUUUCUUCGUUGGAAAAAGUAUGUGAACCUCUAGAUUAAUCAUCUGAAUUAAGUGUAUUAAAGUUGUCAAAAGUUUAGUAUUUGGUCCCAUGUUCCUACAACGCAAUGACUAGAUCAAGUUUGUGACUAUAAACUUGUGGGAUGCAUUUGCAGUUUGUUUUGAAAUUGUUUUGGGUUAUGUUUGGCCCAACAAACUGAAUGGUGUGCCAUUUUGGAGUCACUUUUAUUUUAAGUAAGGAUAGAAUAUGUUUCUGAACACUUCCACAUUCAUGUGGAUGCUACCAUGAUUAUGGAGAAUCAUGAAUAAUGUUGAGUGAGAAGGUUACAAACAUCUUAUCUACUCAAUUAAAAAUUCAAUUACUCCAGUCACCAGUCGGUUACUAUUGGGAAAAACAUAAUCCAAAAACAAACUGCAGAUGCAUCCAAAUAGUUUUUGUAGAGUCACAAGCUUGAUGUAGUCAUUGCAUUCUAGGAACAUGGGACAAAAUACUAAACUU